CCGCCGCUCCCGCUGGGCGCCCCGACGGGGUCCGGCCCGGGCGGCGGGGCCGCGGCGCCCACCAUGGGCAAAUCCAACAGCAAGUUGAAGCCCGAAGUUGUGGAGGAGCUGACCAGGAAGACGUACUUCACGGAGAAGGAGGUGCAGCAGUGGUACAAAGGCUUCAUCAAGGACUGUCCGAGCGGGCAGCUGGACGCCGCAGGCUUCCAGAAGAUCUACAAGCAGUUCUUCCCCUUCGGGGACCCCACCAAGUUCGCCACGUUCGUGUUCAACGUCUUCGACGAGAACAAGGAUGGGCGGAUUGAGUUCUCCGAGUUCAUCCAGGCGCUGUCGGUGACCUCGCGGGGGACGCUGGACGAGAAGCUGAGGUGGGCCUUCAAGCUCUACGACCUGGACAACGACGGCUACAUCACGAGGAACGAGAUGCUGGACAUCGUGGACGCCAUUUACCAGAUGGUGGGGAACACCGUGGAGCUCCCUGAGGAGGAAAACACCCCCGAGAAGAGGGUGGACCGGAUCUUCGCCAUGAUGGACAAGAACGCCGACGGGAAGCUGACGCUGCAGGAGUUCCAGGAAGGCUCCAAGGCCGACCCGUCCAUUGUGCAGGCCCUCUCGCUCUACGACGGGCUGGUGUAGGCCAGGGCGCCGGCUGGGAUGCCCAGGACCACUCACCUCCUCCCGUGCCAUGCGGCCACCGCAGCCCACCACCACCCACCUCCGUUCCACCAGCCCGUCUUGGCACCGCCGCCCUGCGGGGGGACCCUGCGCCCCG